UUCCAAUCCCCUCCAUAUCAUGUGAUUCAGGUGUUCCAAUCCCCUCCAUAUCAUGUGAUUCAGGUGUUCCAAUCCCCUCCAUGGACACAGGUGUAUACAAUCAAGCCCCUAGGCAUGCAGACGGCUUCUACAAACAUUGGUGAAAGAAUGGGUCGCUCUCAGGAGCUCAGUGACUCCAAGCGUGGUCCCGUGAUAGGUGGCCACCUGGGCAAUAAGUCCAUCCGUGACAUUUCCUGGCUACUAAAUAUUCCACGCUCCACUGUUAGUGGGAUUAUAACAAAGUGGAAGCCACUGGGAACAACAGCCACUCAGCCACCAAGUGGUAGGCCACGUCACAUGACAGGGCGGGGUCAGCGCAUGCUGAAGCGCACAGUGCGCAGAAGUCGCCAACUGUCUGCAGAGUCAAUAGCUAAAGACCUCCAAACUUGGUGUGGCCUUCAGAUGAGCCCAACAACAGUGUGUAGAGAGCUUCAUGGAAUGGGUUUCCAUGGCUGAGCAGCUGCAUCCAAG